CUGACUGGGAGCUGCCACCACUGUGACGGAUAGGCAAACAUUAUACAGUGAAUGACAGCAAUGAUACUACUUCUCUUUUUGCUGUGGUUCAGUGUCACAGUGAGCACAGCGAUGGAUCUGCAGAAGAGAAUCAUCGGAGGUCAACAAUGUGAGCGUCAGUACCAUGUCAGACUCAGGGGAGAAACUGCUGCUGGAUCUUCCAACCUGUGUGGUGGCUCUCUGAUCAGUAACCAGUGGAUUCUGACUGCAGCUCACUGUCUGAGGCCAGGAAGGACUAUGUUUGCAAAUUUAAGUGCAUGUGCAGGGAGUCCAGCACAAGAAGUGCAAAUCACCGCAGGCGCUGUGAUCUUUAUGGACAAAGACAACAACAACAACAACAACAACAACAGGUCUCAUGAUGUCAUGCUACUGCAGCUUCCCAGCCCCACUGACAUUAAACCUAUAGGUCUUCCUGACUGUAAAUAUCGUCCUAAAAUAGUUCAGGUGGCAGGGCAUGCUGCCACGACUGGAGGCCCUAAUAAUGAAAGAAUACCGUGUAAAUCAGAUGUUCUUCGCUGCGCAGACAUCGAUGUUGUCGACUGUGAAGACCUAAAAACGACUUUGCAGGAAAAUUUCCCAAAGGUCUAUCGAGUCAAGGAGUAUCAGCACUGGUUCUGUGGCCAAACUCCUGGGGUGGACGUAUGUUAUGGAGACUCUGGUGGAGGAGUGGUGUAUGGAGACAAGAUUUAUGGUGUCAUUUCUUUUCUUGGUGAUCCUGACAACGUAUGUAGAAAAGCAGCAGCAUUCAUGGACCUCUGCAAUCCACAGUAUGCAGAUUGGAUCAAUAAAACUAUUGCCUGACAGAAAAGUCUACAGUAUGGUGUGGUUGAAAUAGAGAAAUAAGGUAGAUAGAUAUGUUAAACUCUCCAUCUCAAGAUCCGAUAAUUGAUCAGUUAUCUGUUAACUAUACAUUGUAUCAUUAAUGACAAUAGACACAAACUACCAAGGACAUGUCCAUGGUGUUCUCGCUGGUAGCUGUAGCAUUGAAAAGAUACAAUUCAAAUACUUUGUGGUGUAAAGAAUUUUUAACAGAGGUAUUCUGAGCAUUUCCAGUUUAAAUCCAGUCUUAAUUGAUUUAACUGUAUAGUUUAAGUUCAGGUCAAAGCUGUUAUGAACUGGGAUGGUCUUUCAGUCCCUGGUGAUCUGCAUUUCUCUCAGUCCCAAAAGUAAAACAACAACCCUAAAUUCUUAGUUUUACUAUACGCAGAGUAAAUUAUAACUUUACGUGUUCUACUACUUUUCAGGUUUAACUAUGAAAUAAGAUGCCACUGCUUAACUGUUUUUGUGAGCAUACUUGAUAUAAUCAAAGGAAAUUCUAAAUUCCACAUCGCUGAGUUUUAUUUUACAUCACAACAGUAUUUUCUGACUGUGUUUUCCCUUCCAGUCAUAAAAACACUGACUUAUGCUAAUAUUGUUGUAAGCUAGCAACCGCCAGAAAAAAAGGCUCUCACUGGGGAAUUCUUCCCAAACAAGCAAAAGGUAGAUACUCUUAUAUCCCUAGAUGUACGAUGAUAUUCCAGCACAAAAUCAACUAAGUCUUAGUUUUGAUUUUGACUUCAAAUGUAAAGAAAUUUGUUUUUUUCUCUCUUCAUCU